AUGACGUGGACGCUGGGCGACCCCGGGGCGUACCUCGCGAGCGACGUGCAAGGUCUGCCCAGGGGCUCAUUGCCGAGGGUCGCGGGCGGGGGCUUCCACGCGUCUUCGUACUGUUUCCCGCCGGCGGUGAUUUUGAAAGAGGCGACGGCGACGGAGUACACCGGGUACGAGAAGUACGUCGGUGAUCUGCGCGUCGCGAUGGCGACGGCCGCGGACGCGAGAGUGGGAGGACUCGGUGACGCGAGAGGCGCGUGCGCGGCGGCGAUGCAGAGCAUUCGAUCGGAGUGUCUCAAGCCGCGCUUGCCGGAGAGGAUGCGAAAGGUGAACGAAUUAAUUAAUUCGGACGGCGGGUUGAAAGAAACUUUCAAGCUGCCCGCGCUUCUGAGCGGACCGGACGCUUUCAAGAGGUUUCCGGGGUGGGAUCCGAGCGGGGUCGCCGUGGACGAGCGCGCCGUGGACGUCCCCGCGGGUUGGGACGUGGUGCAGAGGCGGUAA